AUGAAAAGUCUUUUAAAGGAAUUGUUUAACAGAAAUUUAAUUAGAAGAAAGAAAGAUAGUGUAGUUUAUUACUAUGCAUUCUUUGUAACAUCAUCAAUUAUUCUCACCUAUAUAUUCCUCAUUGUGAUGGUGUUUCAACGAUUCUUUCCUUUGUUUGGUAUAUUGUUUAUUACUGUGUUCACUUUAUCCACUGUCACUUCGACCGACAGCUAUCUACUAAUUAUCGAAAAUGGUAUAAGAGUGACUGCUGCUUCAUUUAUUGGGUGUGUUUCUGCGGUUAUUGUAUACGGUAUCGUAGGCAAUUCGAUAUGGCCAGCAGUAUUUCCGCAUUUCGUGUUGUGUUUCGUUGCCUCUGGUCUGAUGAUAUCGAAAGAUGUUGAAUGGAUACCUUUUCAGCAUGGCAAACGUAUAUUUCUGGAUUUCUUUGUUCUAACCUACACUUUGGAACCAAGUACACAUUCCUACACUUUGUUUCUGCGGUUUUUUCUAACUACGCUUUGUAUGCUGGGUUGUAUCAUCUUUAGCUGCUUAAUUUUCAAUCCUUAUUUCGGUUCUACUCUAUUCAUUAGGACAGCUAGUAAGAUCAUUAGAAAGAGUAGAAAGAUGUUUGAAAAGGUUGGUUCUCAGCUGAGUAUUGCCGGCCAGAUUAAAUCGACUGAUACCAUUAAUAUCACUAUGUACAACAUGGAUUGGUUGUUGAAUCCCAAGCGUUACAAGAAAGAUGUGACUUAUAUGGCCGAGCGGUAUUCAAUCCGUUUGAAUAUUCUAUACAAAAAAUAUCAUACAACCAACAUUGAUAACGACUCGAUAGAGAACCAACUUUCAAUCAAUAGUAAUCCUGUGAUGCCGUCACUGGAACGACUCGAUAAGAUGCCUUCCGACUACCUACAGUUCUUGGUACUCAGUUGGUUUGAGAAGAUAUCUGAUUCGAUGACACAGAUUCUUGACAAGUAUAGUGAGCUAAUGGUAAAUCCAGACUAUUGUUACAACGGAAAGGAUCCAAAGUCAUUGACCAAAAUCGAUAAGGAAUUGUCUAGAAUUCAUUUUUUUAUCAUUGGAAUGGUAAAUUUUACAGAGGAUCUCAAGAGAAUGUCAGUUGUCAUCUAUGAUAUAACCAAUCAUCCGUUGGAGAAACCAAGAAUACUGAUAGCGUUCCGAUCGAUUUUCGCAGCAUUCUAUGAUUAUUUUAAAGUAUUUUUCCAAAGAAAUAGGAAACUAUUCUCGGGAAAAGGUGCUCGAUACAAAGACUAUCCUUUUCCAGAUUUACUUUCUUCACUAUCGUAUCCUUGGCAACAGAGAAUCUACAUGGUAUUCGAACCAAUGGGACGAAGAAUAUUCUCAGAUUGGCGGUUCUCUCUACGUUUUUCAGUGGGUGUUACAACUCUCUCUGUUGCAUACUAUGAAACAUUUAAACACAGUCACUUUAUAUUGUUUCGAAAUCUUCAAUGGUUGGUCAUUACUUUUACGUUUGUGAUGUCACCGACCGUUGGUGCAAGUGGUUCCUUUGCAGUGAUGAGAUUCGUGGGUACUCUAGUGGCAUCAUUCGUUGCCUAUGGCGGAGCUGUCCUAUUCACAUUGCCACACAACUAUGUGGCCAGAUCUAUUAUUUUCAUCUUCAACAGCAUUGUUAUAUUCUUUAGUAUCUCUGCAUUCUUGAAAUACAAUUACUUCCAGACCACUUUCAAUUUCUUUGCUCUCACCUAUUUCACUUUGUCAUUUCCAAUGUUGGUCAAUGGUAAAGCAAAUAUCAUCAAUUGUUUACUUCGUACUUUUCACAUCACAAUGGCAAUCGUUGUAGUACUUUUAUUUUCGAAUCUGUUUCUGCCAUCUUAUGAUUAUGAUAAGUUGGAGCAAGCUCUCUGUGUCAUUACAGCAGAUGCACAAAAGAUAUUCUCUCAAAUCAUUUAUUUCAAUCUAAAGAUAAAACAUACUGGCGAUAGGAAAAAAGGAAAACAACAGAUUGUAACUUCUCUUCAACAACUGAGAGCAAAAAUAGCUGGACAAAGAGAACUGUUGUUCAAUGUAAAAUUAGAGUUGAUUUUAAAUCAAGAGAAAUACCUCAAAUAUAGACAUCUCUUAAAGUUGGCAGCCAAAUUAUAUAGAGAUUUAGUUAGUUUAGAAUUAAUUUCAAAAUCAAGUUCAAGUAUUUUAUUAUCACAUGUAAAAGAAUCAGGUGCAGAAGAUCAGAUUAUAUUAUUGAUGGGUGAAAUGGAUUCAACUGGUCAAUAUCUAAGAGAGUUGGGAAUACAAAAGAAAACAAUAAAGAUUCAUGGGUUGGAUCGUUCACUUGAAAUCGACAAGAACCUAAAGAGAACUAUCCUACAGGGAUCAUUCAACAAUAACUAUCCUAAUGGUCCUAUUACACCAUCAUUGAUAGCACUAAGCGCAACAAUCUACGCAUCAACAUCGUUUAUCAAAAACUUUGAUUCUGCAAGACAAUCGAUAUGGGAAUUGAAAGGUGUCGAGCCUCUCAAGAGAGUAGAUAGUAAUGUUAUUGGUACAGCCCAAAUGUAA